CAUGAAAUCUACUUCAGGACACGAAACUGAUAUUGUUAAGAAUAUUAAAAGAGAUUAAUGAAGCAUAAACGUAGUAGCAUCUUACUCAUGAGUCUCUUUCACGCCGUGUCAUUCUUCACGUAGACCUCCGAACACCGGGCCGGACGGAAACUGAAAAAGGAGGGGGAAGAGUAUGCUGCGGUGUGGUGGCUGUAUGAGAAUGGUGAGCAGACGGCAUUUUGAAUGAAAACGUCAGGAAGAACAGACGUGUCGAGCCACUGCGACUUGCCGCAGCACAGUCGUACGGAGCGGUCCACAGACAGACAUGGCGGAGAAAAGGUGCUGGGAUCAAAGCCAGUUAAGGAAGUAUGACAUUCCCCUAGAUGAAAUACCAAGAUUGAGUGUAAGGGAUCCCAGAGUUGAUGAGUUUAUUGCAGAAAAUAAACCAGUAGUAAUAACGGAUACCAAACUCGUGGCGUCAGCAGAGAGAUGGGACCUGGAUUAUUUGGAACAGAAUAUGGGAAAUGGAGACUUCUCAGUCUUCCUGUCACGGAAUCAUAAGUUUAAAUAUUUUGAUGACAAGAAAAUUGCACAUGCAUCAGGAGAUUCCAGACUGGAUUUCACACCACCAACAAGAAGGGUUGAUAUGAAGCUACCUGAUUUCACACGCAGACUUAGGCAGUGGAGGAGGGGAGAUGAGAGAAUGUACCUGCAGCAGGCACUGAACAACACUGUGGGACCAGCUAUUGUUCAAGAUUUUUUGAACUUCCGAUGGGACUGGAUUAAUUCAAAACAAAGGACACACUCAUGGGGUCCUCUCACAUCAAACUUACUUCUGAUUGCAAUGGAAGGGAAUGUGACACCCUGUCACUACGACGAGCAACAGAACUUCUUUGCGGAAGUACGAGGCUACAAGCGGUGCAUCCUUUUCCCUCCAGAGCAGUUUGAAUGUUUAUAUCCACAUCCUGUGUACCACCCACAUGAUCGACAGAGUCAGGUGGAUUUUGAGAGACCUGAUUACGCAAGAUUUCCCAAGUUCAGAGAAGCACGAGGACAGGAGGCGAUUGUGGGACCUGGUGAUGUUUUGUACAUUCCCAUCUAUUGGUGGCACCACAUUGAGUCACUCAUGAGAGGUGGUUACACGAUUUCAGUCAACUUUUGGUAUAAGGCUGGACCAACUGGGCAGAUUGUAUAUCCACUUAAAGACCACCAAAAGGUAGCCAUUAUGCGAAAUGUGGAGAAGAUGCUUGUUGAAGCACUACAGGAUCCGCACGAAGUCGGGCCACUUCUGAGGGCAUUGGUUCUUGGGCGGUACACAGACUGAAUAGGAAUGCAUGCAAGGAAUGAAUGAAAGGUAUUGUACUGUGUGGUCUUUUGUAUUAUGAGGCUGUUGUUAGGCCUUGGUUGAAUAGUCCAGAUGUGCAUUGGACACAGUUUAUAUGUAAUUAUAUGUCCUGUUUUAAUUAUUUAUGGUGAAAUUUCCAGCACGUUAAUUCUAAAUGUCUGAAAUAGAUAUUUUUAUACAAACACCACAUGAAAGCAUGUUUCUCCAUCACAGAUUGUUAAUGUGUCAUUUGUUAGGUUCUUGUCCUUAGGUUUCCAGGGCUAAAGUUUAAAGUAUAACUUUGGUUUACAGGAAUAAGCCACACCGAAUGUUUUCUGACAUUUUGGCAAAUGUUGCCGUUUUCAUCUUCAGGGUUAAUGUCUUUGUGGGGGUUUUAAGAGUCCUUAUGUAGAUCUGGCAGUGGCAGUUCUGAGUACAUCUCUGGACUGCCGAGAAAAAAUGGCAUUUGUAUAAUCCAGAAACUGCUUAAUAAACUGGCAUCCUGUUGUAUCCCUAAGAAUGGUGGUUGGAGACAGGAGGACAGACUGAGCAGAAGUCUGUCGGCUGAAUACGCUAGGACACUUACUGAAAGUCACUGUAGACAGUACAACACAGUAAACAUAUAUUAUACAGAAUGACAUUUCAGAAUCAAGUAGUAAUUUUUGGAGUCAAGAGUAGCACUAUAUAUUCUGUUGAAGUCUAUUGCAAUCUGUUGCUGUGUCCAAAAACAUGAGCUUACGAAGGGGCCUUGUGGCCACUGGUGUCAGAUGCAGAAAGUUCACUCCCUCAGACUGUCGCUUGUCUUCUGUGACAGUGUCAAUGUAACACAUGCUGAGUAACCAGUUUGUUUCUUUUUAUCUACUCAUUGGAUGGAGUUCAGUAUUCUUAAGAACACAGCUUUGCAUCUUGUAUGGUAUGAUUCAUAACAGAUGAGCUAUUAAUAUAGAUUCUUGUACAACAUGGUUACAAGUCAUAUGUAUUGUAUGUGUGUGUGUGUAUUGGAGA